UAAUGAUGAGACAUGGAGAUGGUUUUAGAGAGAGAAAGCGAAAGAGUUUUAGAGCGAGAAAAAGAAGCAAGAACAGGGAGAAAGGGUUUUUUUUUUUAUCUGUCGUGUCUCUCCGUUUGAAGCUUAUCCCUUCACGAAUAAACCCUCCCGCCGCCGUGUUCUCUCCGGUUGAUUCUGCUAUUCUGAUCUUGAUUCUUUGUCUGUGAUUCCCCUCAAAAGGAUCUAUUCAUUUGAUUAGGAAAACAGACCGAUUCGAAUCAGUAAGAUGCACUGAUACCAUAUCCUAUCCUGAGAACUUAAACAAUCGUCUCCAGAUUUAGAUCUUAUUCGGGAUCGAAUUGGGAGAAUCCAUCUUUUCCCCCUUCCUUCGGUUCAUGUCUCGUAACUCAGACAGUCCAGUUCAAACCCAAAUGGCAGUCGCUGUUUUCAACAGUCCCUUAGGGAGAGAAUACCAUGGAACCAGUAAAAUGGAAGGGAUGAAGCAUUUCACAGGAAGACGACGAGUCUUUGUUCAAACUGAAUCCGGCUGUGUCUUAGGAAUGGAGCUAGAUCGAAGUGAUAACGCUCAUACAGUGAAACGAAGGUUACAAAUAGCUCUAAGUCUCCCAAUCGAAGAAAGCUCUCUAACUUUUGGUGACAUGGUUUUAAACAACGACCUCAGUGCCAUUCGUGACCAUUCUCCUCUUCUCUUAACAAGAAACAUCUUACACAGAAGCUCUUCAACUCCAUGUUUAUCCCCAACUGGUAGAGACACCCGCCAAAAAGACCAAAGCGUCCCCGUUGAAAUCCUGGGGCAUUCUAGUAAUUUCAACCAAACAAAACCGCUCGUUGAUGAAGUUGUGAACGCGAUAAUCUCCGGGGUUGACCCGAUCCCAGUCAACGGUGGUCUUGGAGGAGCUUAUUACUUCAAAAACUGUCAAGGUGAAAGUGUCGCUAUUGUAAAACCUACAGAUGAAGAGCCUUUUGCUCCUAAUAAUCCAAAAGGGUUUAUUGGUAAAACCCUUGGUCAACCAGGGUUAAAACGGUCAGUUCGUGUUGGUGAAACCGGUUUCAGAGAAGUAGCAGCUUAUCUUCUUGAUUAUGAUCAUUUUGCUAAUGUCCCCCCUACAGCUUUAGUCAAAAUCACACAUUCAAUCUUCAAUGUCAAUGACAGUGUUUGCAACAACAACAACAACAAUAACAACAACAAGAAGAAAACAGAAAGAAAGAAGAAGCUGUUUAGCAAGAUUGCUUCAUUUCAGCAAUUCAUCCCCCAUGAUUUUGAUGCAAGUGAUUAUGGAACUUCAAGCUUCCCUGUGUCAGCUGUUCAUAGAAUCGGGAUCUUAGAUAUUCGAAUCUUCAACACAGAUAGACAUGGAGGAAAUUUGUUAGUAAGAAAGAUGAAAAAUUCUGAAGUUGGAAGAUUUAGUGAAGUUGAAUUGAUACCUAUUGAUCAUGGGCUUUGUUUACCUGAAAAUCUAGAAGACCCAUAUUUCGAAUGGAUCCAUUGGCCUCAAGCUUCGAUUCCAUUUUCAGAUGAUGAACUUGAAUACAUUGAGAAACUCGAUCCGUUUCAUGAUUCAGACAUGUUAAGAUCUGAACUUCCAAUGAUAAGAGAAGCUUGUUUAAGGGUUUUGAUUUUGUGUACUAUUUUUUUAAAAGAAGCAGCUCGAUUUGGUUUAUGUGUUGGUGAAAUUGGAGAGAUGAUGAGUCGGGAAUUUCGUAGGGGUGAAGAGGAACCGAGUGAACUCGAGGUGUUAUGUAUGGAUGCAAGAAGAUUAUUAGCUGAAAAGGAAAUUAAAAAUGAAAAUGGAAAUGAAAAUGACAUCGCCUUUGAUAAUCAUGAAAGUGAAAAUCAAUUUCAGUUUGAAAUUGAUUGUGAGGAUACGAUUUCUGCCUUUGAUUUUACUCCUAAAAUGUCGGAGAAUUUCGUAAACAAUAAUCUUUCAUUCCAUUUGAGAAACCCGCUUUCGAAGCUUGAAGAAGCCAUUGAAGAAGAAGAAAGUGAAGAAGAUGUUUCAAAUCUGUCAAUGUCUUUCAAGAACAACUGUAGUUUUAGUGAUAAGUUGAAGAAGAAAACAGAGAAUAUGAGUUAUGUAGGAGUGAAUUCGUCAUCUGGACACAGGAGUGCCAAUGAGCUGAUGCCAGCUGGCGCUAGUUUUGUGAAGCUUUCAGACAUGAAUGAAGAAGAAUGGAGUUUGUUUCUUGAAAAGUUUCAGGAUUUGAUUUACACAGCUUUUGUUAAACGUAAGUCAAUUUCAAUAGGACAAAGGCAAAGACAAAGGCUUGGGACUUCUUGCCAGUUUUGAGAGUUUUAAGGGUUUGACUUUGAAUAAGUUGACUUUCAGGGUUGUUGGAGUGAAGUCUUUGGUUAUUUAGGGUUUAGGGUUUCUUUUGUUGUUUUAAUUAGUUGAGGGGUAUGUUGUGUAAAUAUUCUUGAAAGACUACCUUUCUUUUAGUUAGGAUUGGGGUUGCACUUUAGUUUCUUGCUUACCUUUGUUCUUGUGUACGUUGUUUAUAUCAAUAAAAUAUGUAGCAAUGAAAA